AAAAGAAGAAAUCUACAACCGCACGCCAUACCUUAUAUUACAAAGGCCAAAAGUUCUCAACCCUUCAUUCUCCUCUCCUUAGUUUUCACAUCCAUCUAUCAACUCAAAAUGGCUCAGCAGAAAGUAGUGUUAAAGGUCCUUACUAUGGUAGAUGACAAAACAAAGAAGAAAGCAAUAGAAGCAGCUGCAGAUAUCUUUGGGGUUGAUUCGAUUGCUGCAGAUGUGAAGGAACAGAAGUUAACAGUGAUUGGUCAAAUGGAUACAGUGGCAGUAGUGAAGAAGCUGAAGAAAGUAGGGAAGGUAGAUAUAGUAUCAGUUGGACCUGCCAAGGAAGAGAAGAAAGAAGAAAAAAAAGAGGAAAAGAAGGAAGAGAAACAAGAAGGGAAACCGGAUGAGAAAAAAGAAGAGAAGCGAGAAAAACAUGACGAAGCAAAAUAGUCCACCGUGUGGGACGAUAUUUUGGAGUAUUAGUCGAAAAAUUGUUGUGCUCGUCGAGAAAUGGCAUCACAUGGAGCCCCAAUUCAUUGAGUGAGGUGUGACUCAACUAUGAAUUGUGAUUGUGAAGAAAACAACAUGG